CUCGGCGGCCGCCGUAGGCGCGGCACUCUGGUCCCUAUGGCAACAGCAAGAAGCAACGCAAGGUCCCGGGCGGUGCUGGCGCCACGGCGGAUUGGACCCAGCGCGGGCGCGGAAUCUGUGAACUGCCGGCGGCUCCGAGGGUGCAGCUCCUGGAGUGACUAGCGCAGCCCUGCCCCAUGGACGCCUCCUCUAGCCCAUGGGAUCCAACCCAGGCUUCUGCCAGCAGCCCUCCCCUGCUGCUGCCCAUUCCUGCCAUCGUCUUCAUUGCCGUGGGCAUAUACUUGUUGCUGCUGGGCCUAGUGCUGCUGACUAGGCACUUCCUGCUGGCCCAGGGCUGCUGCGUAGACUGCAGCUCCCCCUGCAGGAAGAAAGGUGCCUUACAAGACUGUUGCUGGACCUGUGCAGAAGCCUGUGACUUCCCUCUGCCCAGCCCUGGCCGCUACCUGGAUGCCUGCUGCCCCCAACCCAGCGAAGCUGGUUGGGCUCCUCAGUGCCCCCGCUGCUGCCCGCUCUGCGACUGUGCCUGUKCCUGCCAACUUCCUGAAUGCCAGAGCCUCAACUGUCUCUGCUUUGAGAUCAAGCUCYGAUGAGGACCCAGGAUCCCUACCCUUUGGGGAGCAGCCAGCCCCCAGGGCCCACAUGCUCCCCUCCCUCAGGGCCCCCAAGACACUUUUUCUCCAGGCCAUUGGAACCACAAAUGGCUCACCACUCUGGCAACUGGAGGGCCGGGUUCCCUGCAAGGCAGGGCUCAGAGAGCCCUUGGGCAGCUGGACUGCAGCUCCUUUGGAGGGUGGGAGGGAGAGAGGCUGCCCCUCUUUCCCUCCCCAAGUAAACUAUUGUAUUUGAUUUGGAGGAUGCGGGGAGCAUUGCUCACCACAGAUGCAUGA